AUGGACCAAUUCCACGGAAAUACCGUUUGCAGAAAAGUAGCAAGCCGAGGUGGAGCUGGCGGCUAUAUAUCCGGCAACAUCAAAAUUUUCAAAGAAAUAACCGCGUAUGCGACAAUAGGCGGUAAAGGGAUAUAUGAUGAAAACCCUUUCCAUACCCACAAAGGUGGCUAUGGUGGCGGUGGUGAUGCUUUGAACUUACCAGGCUAUGGUUCAGGAAGCGGAGGUGGGCAAACCGCUGUCAAGUUUGUGUCAAAUGAUUUGUGGCACCGCGUGAUCGUGAGCGGCGGUGGAGGCGGCUCUGAUAAUUAUGCGGAUCACACCCAAAUGUAUACUGUUGACGAUGGCUCCGGAGGAUCUGGAGGCGGAUUUACUGCCCCUGGAGCAUGGAGAGAAGGAAAAUAUGACGCAUCGAAAUCAGCCAAUUCCACUUUUGGUUUCAGCUUUGGCUAUGGCGAAUCCUCUCGCCGUGAUGGAUCUUUGAACAAAGAAUAUGGAUACACAAAUCCUGCUUGUGAAUACGAAUGCUCAGGCGCUGGAAGUGGCUGGUUUGGAGGCUUCGCUUCUCAGGAUGGAAAUAGCGGUUCCGGAGGCGGAAGUUCUUGGGCUUUAACUAAAGAUGCAGUAAUUCCAUCCGGUCCAAUUACAGCCUAUGAUUCAUCUUAUAACCCAAUUCAAACGCGUUCCUAUGAAUUCAUUGACCAAAAUGAAUUUUUGUUUACUGAUGUCAAAUCUAUUUCGGGAAUCUGGGAAGGGAACGGAAAACUUUUGAUAACAAUCAUAAAUGCCAUGGUUGUCAUUUCAUGUGUCUCACGACGAAAUAAUUUUUAUGGAUUUUCACUUUUUCUUUUAUUUGAAAUUUCACCCACUUAA